AUGGCACAAAAAGGUUUAAUCUCUCUCUCAUCAGUCGGCAACCAAUACCAGAGCGUCGUGGUCAACAAGAAAACAUCUGGAGCCCACAAUCUGUUUCCACCGAUGUCUGACAGUGUUUUGAGGACUAUGGGGACACUUGAUUGGUCAAUAUGGUUGGUGUCUACCCACGAUCAGUUUCUCCAAGUUCUCCUCUGCGCAUUAUAUGAUAUAAACAGACCCCCAUACACCCCGCGUCCCUUUAAAAACAUGCCUCGGCGCGGUGGUCUAUAA